UUGAAGGUUCCAAUUCAAUUUAAAAAAAUAGUCAUAGUGAGUUGCACUUUCUUCAACGAUUUAGACAUAAUCAGAAAGACAUAAUUGUCUUUCACGCUACUUGAUUUAUCCUUGCUUGUAGGUAUCAGCCAGAGCCGUAUCUCCCACUGGCUGCUGCAGCAGGGCUCUGACUUGAGUGAACAGAAGAAGAGGGCUUUUUACAGGUGGUACCAGAUGGAGAGGACCAGCCCUGGCGCCACCCUGAAUAUGCGUCCUGCCCCCAUUGCAGUGGAGGACCCCGAGUGGAGACAGACUCCACCCCUGGUUAGCUCCACUCCGGGCAGCUUCCGGCUGCGUAGGGGCAGCCGCUUCACCUGGAGGAAGGAGUGCCUGGCUGUGAUGGAGAGCUAUUUCAAUGAGAACCAGUACCCUGAUGAAGCUAAAAGAGAAGAGAUAGCCAAUGCCUGCAAUGCUGUGAUUCAGAAGCCAGGGAAAAAGCUAUCAGACUUGGAAAGAGUCACCUCCCUGAAGGUCUACAACUGGUUUGCAAACCGACGGAAGGAAAUCAAGAGAAGAGCUAAUAUUGAAGCAACAAUCCUGGAGAGCCAUGGGAUUGAUGUGCAGAGUCCAGGAGGACACUCAAAUAGUGACGACAUUGAUGGCAAUGAUUACUCCGAACAGGAUGACAGCACCAGCCACAGUGACCACCAGGAUCCUAUCUCUCUAGCUGUGGAAAUGGCUGCUGUAAAUCACACCAUAUUAGCGCUGGCGAGACAAGGCGGGGCCGGGCAGAUCAAGACAGAGGUGCUGGAUGAUGACGACUGAGAUUCUCAUAUGAGGAAUUUGGGGGGGGGGGGGGGGGGGGAGUUAAAGAGUAUAUGGUGACCAAAACAAUUCUCGUUUAGCACCUUUGCAGAUCAGCUCUGUCCUGAAUUUCUCUAAUCCCGUUUCAGCAAAGUAAUGUUUGUAACAUGAAUGUAUAUGCUUGUCCAUUUAAAAGAGAACAACUAAAAAAAAAGGCCAGCCUACUUACCUCCCUUGGCACGGUGCCAUUUACCUUGGGUUUCAUAUGCCUAGCAUUACAAAUAAAGGACUCCAACCCUCUCCUUUAAGUAGUACAAUUCAAACAGACUGUCUCAGUUAUAAGGGAUUCUAAUGUCCUUGCAUUUGAUGUAAGUAUGCUUCCUUUAGUCUUUGUUUCUCUGUUUCUAAUUUAUCUGCCUAGUGAUAUGGAACACACACAGUACAGCCCAGGGUCAUGAGCCCAUUUGUAGAUCCCAACUCCUCCCAAGACUACAUACACUAACACUUAUACAGUGUUAAAAAGGAAGGUAAAACCAUAGAAAUAUACAGUCAAAUAAAUUGGCUAAAGCCUUCGGCCUUGUCAGAACUGAAACAAUGUGCCAAAACAUUAUAUAGUGUGUUUUUUUUUCAGUAUUUAAAUUAAGUGCAGCAGGCCUGGAAGGUAAACACUGCAGGCUAGUGGCUUUACCCCUGCUUCCUAUCAAAACUGAGAAAGGUCUUGGGAUCUGUUGAUUUACAGUGUUUCCACUUCUACAGGAAAAAACCUGUAUUUACAGUGUACAAAAAAACAUUUGAUGUGUUUUUGUUCGUAAUCGAAAACAUGGAAACUAUUGU